GUAGUUAUUCCAUCCCUACAGUUAAUUCACUCUAUUUCAAAACGCCAAGAUGACCAGUCGUCGCCCCCACGGCCAGUCCUAUGCGGAUCCCGCUCCAGCACCAGCUUCACCAUCAGCUCCGGCCGAUUCAGACGUAACUCCAGCCGUGCCUGCGCCGGUGAUCUAUAAACUCCUAGCCUUCACUGCGGCCAUGGUAUUUGGUCCCAUCGGGAUGUACUUUCUCACAGUGGAGUCUAUCUUCAAAGGAAAUCCCAUCUUUUCUGGUAUUACUGCGGCUGUUACCGCGAACGUGGUCUUGUUUGCCUAUAUCUAUGUUGCGUGGAAAGAGGAUCAAGGGGAUAGACUGGAGGAAGAGGCAAAGAGGAAAGGGAAGAAGGCUGAGUGAGAGGACCAUGAAUGGUCUUUAUGUGUAUAUCAAAAGCAACUCUGAUGUGCUACUCCAUUUUAUAUGUAGGGAUUUUGGAUGGACGGCGUUCAUCGGGACUGCUUUACUUCACUGAAACAACAAACGAAAAA